UCAGAACCUCUGCCUGCGAUGCUUUUGCUUUGGUUGUCAGUGGUCACAACCUCGGCGUUCGCUUCGCCGCUCCCUGGAGCAGGUGGGCAGAGAGGCAUAGCAGCUUUGGAACAGCCCGAGGCGCCUAAUGUGGUGCUGAUCGUGAGCGACUCCUUCGAUGGAAGACUCACAUUUCAUCCAGGAAGUCAGGUAGUGAAACUUCCUUUUAUCAACUUCAUGAAAACUCAUGGCACUACCUUCCUCAGUGCCUACACAAACUCUCCAAUUUGUUGCCCAUCUCGAGCAGCAUUGUGGAGUGGCCUGUUCAUUCACUUAACAGAAUCUUGGAAUAAUUUUAAGGGCCUAGAUCCAAAUUAUACAACAUGGAUGGAUGUCAUGGAGAAGCAUGGCUACCGAACACAAAAAUUUGGAAAACUGGAUUAUACUUCAGGACACCACUCUGUUAGCAAUCGUGUGGAAGCAUGGACAAGAAAUGUUGCUUUCUUACUCAGACAAGAAGGCCGGCCGAUGGUUAAUCUUAUCCCUAAUAAGACUAAAAUAAGAGUGAUGGAAAAGGACUGGAAAAAUACAGACAGAGCAGUAAAUUGGCUAAGAAAGGAAGCAGUUAAUUAUACUCAACCAUUUGUUCUUUACUUGGGAUUAAAUUUACCACACCCUUACCCUUCACCAUCCUCAGGGGAAAAUUUUGGAUCUUCAACUUUUCACACAUCUCUUUACUGGCUUGAAAAGGUAUCCAAUAAUGCCAUCAAAAUCCCAAAGUGGUCACCUCUGUCAGAAAUGCACCCUAUAGAUUAUUACUCUUCUUACACAAAAAACUGCACUGGGAAGUUUACCAAAAAAGAAAUAAAGAAUAUCAGAGCAUUUUAUUAUGCUAUGUGUGCUGAGACAGAUGCCAUGCUUGGUGAAAUUAUUUUGGCUCUUCGCCAAUCAGAUCUUCUUCAGAAAACUAUUGUCAUAUUCACCUCAGACCAUGGAGAGUUGGCCAUGGAACAUCGACAGUUUUAUAAAAUGAGUAUGUAUGAAGCCAGUGCCCAUGUUCCACUUUUGAUAAUGGGGCCAGGAAUUAAGGCCAACCUACAAGUAUCAAAUUUGGUUUCUCUUGUGGAUAUUUAUCCUACUAUGCUUGAUAUUGCUGGAAUUACUUUUCCUCAGAACCUGAGUGGAUACUCUUUGUUGCCAUUAUCAUCAGAAACAUUAGAACACAAAUUCAAACACCUACAUCCACCUUGGAUUCUGAGUGAAUUCCACGGAUGUAAUGUGAAUGCUUCCACCUACAUGCUUCGAACUAACCAAUGGAAAUAUAUAGCCUACUCUGAUGGUGUUUCAGUGUUGCCUCAACUCUUUGAUCUUUCCUGGGAUCCAGAUGAGCUAACAAAUGUUGCUACAAAACUUCCAGAUAUUGCUUAUUCUUUAGAUCAGAAGCUUCGUUCUAUUUUAAACUACCCUAAAGUUUCUGCUUCUGUCCACCAAUACAAUAAAGAGCAGUUUAUCAAAUGGAAACAAAGUAUAGGACAAAACUAUUCAAAUGUUAUAGCACAUCUUCGGUGGCACCAGGACUGGCUGAAGGAACCAAGGAAGUAUGAAAGUGCAAUCAACCAGUGGCUUAAAACACCACACUAAUCCAAGUUUGAACAAAAACGUAGAAAAAAUGUUCUAGAGCUACUUAUUAAUAGUUAAAAUAUCAUAAUCAUAUA